AUGAACGAUUUUGUUCUCCUCAUCGUUGCCUUGAUAGCAGCAUGGGCUAGCGUUGUUCUCUCCCGGCGGCGACGAGGCCCCGGUGCAAACCUUCCCCCGGGGCCUCGCCCCCUUCCGAUAGUCGGCAACAUCUUCCAACUCAGCGGCGAGCCCCACAAGUCCCUGACCGAGCUCGCCAAAACCCACGGCCCGCUCAUGUCCCUCCGCCUCGGCACCCAGCUCGCCGUCGUCGCCUCGUCCCCGGAGAUCGCGGCCGAGAUACUCCACAAGCGCGGCCACGCCUUCUCGAACCGGUCCAUCCCGGACGCCGUCCGCAUCCACAACUUCGACAAGGCCUCGUGGAACACCAUGCCCACCGACUCGGCCGGGUGGAAAAAAUUCCGCCGGGUCGGGCGAGAGCAGCUCUUCUCCCAUCAGGCGCUUCAGAAAACCGAGGGGCAGCGCCACGAGACGCUAAGGAAGCUCACUGAACACGUGCGCGGGUUCAGUGAGAGGGGCCAUGUGAUGAACGUCGGGGAGGCGACGUUCACCACCAUGACGGACCUGGUGUUUUCGACUCUCUUCUCGAUCAACCUCUCCACCGAUUCCAUCGGGAAUAAGGAGCUCAAGGAGCAUGUUAAUGGUAUCACGAGGUAUAUUGGGACUCCGAAUAUUUCGGAUUUUUACCCGAUUUUAGCGCCGUUGGAUCUGCAAGGGAUCCGAAGGAAGAUCGGGUAUCAUCUUGGGAGCUUGAUGGGGUUAGUGAAUGGCUUGAUCGAGAAGCGAAUGCGUCAAAGGAUGGACUCGGAUUACAAGAAAAUGAAUGAUUUUCUUGAUACGCUUCUUGAACAAACUCACUAUGAGUUCACCAUCAAAGAAAUGAUAAAUCUGUGUGUGGAUAUAACUAUUGCUGGAGCAGAUACAGGUGCAGCCACGACAGAAUGGGUAAUAGUAGAAUUACUGCUCAAUCCUGACAAAAUGGCGAAGCUUAAAGCAGAACUCAAGAGUGUUCUUGGAGAUAAAAGCAUCAUGGAAGGAUCCGACAUCUCCAAACUCCCGUACUUGCAAGCCACAAUCAAUGAAGUGUUCCGGUUUCAUCCGGUUGCACCUAUGUUGGGUCCACGUGAGGCUGGGGAGGACACGCAAGUGAAUGGCUACACAAUACCCAAGGAUGUAAGGAUAAUUGUGAACUUUUGGGCAAUUACUAGAGAUCCAAACAUAUGGGAGAAUCCCGAGUCAUUUGAGCCUGAAAGGUUUCUCGGGAAGGAUAUAAAUUUUGAGGGCCAACAUUUCGAGUUGAUUCCAUUUAGUUCGGGAAGAAGAAUUUGCCCUGGCAUGCCACUAGGUAGUCGCAUGUUGUUCUGCAUGGUGGCAACGUUGUGUCAUAACUUUGAUUGGGAAUUCGAGGGAGGGACCGAUACUAAAGCCAAACUACAUCAAAGAGAAGAUGUAUUUGGACUACCGUUACAAAAGAAAUUCCCACUUAGGGCAAAACCCAUCAAGGUUUGA